AUGGCCACAACUCCAGCUGGCCGUACUCUGUACAGAAAGAAAGACGGCAUCUUAACAAUAACCUCUGAUCUUCAAACCGUCACAUGGACACCCAACUCUGGAGGUCCUCCCACUGUGUCGUUGCCCGUGCCCAAGAUAACUAAUUUGCAGCAGACGCCAGAUGGAGCUCCCAAGGUGAUGCUCAAGAUUUUCGAGCAGAGUUCCAAAGGCGGUGAUGCUAUUACAUAUCUCUUUCAUUUCAACACUGACGAGGCCAAAAAAGAGGCAACCUCUUUCAAAGAUGUACUCUCGCGAUUGCUUUCAGAAGCGCGCAGUGUUGACCCUAGUGUUCCGCGCCCAGCUGGUUUAUCUACGCCACAAGGGGCUUCUGGCGCUGGCGGCAGUGCCUCAGCAACAAUGGCCUUCGCGAGUUCUGUCAAUACACACCAGUCUUCGGCUCGCUGGUUCGACGACCAGCAGCUCAAGGCCGACAUUGAGCUGCAGCGGUCGCUCAUGAAGAAGGAUUUGGGCCUCAACGAAACGUACAUGGAUGCACUCUCCACCAAGCCGGAAUCUAUAUCCGUGGCCGCGUUCAACUCGCAGUUCUGGUCUACCAGAAUAAAUCUUCUACGAGCACAUGCUAUCGAGUCCAAUCAGAAAAAAGGUCCCUAUAAUGUCCUCUCAACAGUUAAGCCACGAACAGUGGAUGGGGAAAUGAAAUUGAACAUCAGCGUCGAACAGGUCCAGAUGAUUUUUGCGCAACAUCCGCUCGUAAAGCGCAUAUAUAAUGAGAAUGUGCCAAAGCUAUCUGAAGCCGACUUUUGGUCCAGGUUCUUCCUGAGUCGUCUAUCAAAGAAGUUACGAGGAGAGCGCGGUACCGAAAAUGACACCACUGAUGCCAUCUUUGACCAGUACGACAUUAACGAGAACUUGCAACAUGUACAAAGCAAAAUCAUGUCCCAGCAAGUCCCUCAUAUCAUCGAUAUUGAGGCAAAUGAAGAAAACCAGGGAGGAUUCAAAAGCGGCAAUGCCAAGGACGUCGAAAUGCGGCCUAGAGCGGACAUUCCCAUUGUUAAAACACUGAACAGCCUCAGUGAGAAAAUCAUGGCAAAUGUCGCGCCUUCAGAUACUCCAAAUGACGCCAGAGCUGAGUACUACAGGGACCUAGCGUUACGAGAUUUGCGCGGUGAUGCCCAGGAACAUCGCAUUAUGCUUAGUGUGAAAGAGCAAAACAAAUUCUUUGCAAAGCACGAUUCCUCGCCAUCCAGCAAUAUCAAAGACUUCUCGAAGCAAAAUCCUGCCACCGUCUUGCUGAAAAUGCAGGGCGUGUUCAAAAGGGAAGCUAUCGAUGCCACGACUGGCAUGGACCUACAAGCGGCCAUUAAUUUCGACGACGGGAGUGACAGCGAGGAAGACGAACCUCCCAAAAAGAAGCAGAGCAGCUCACGACGCGCCAUCAUCGGCGCUGAAAAGGACGUCUUGAACGGCAUCUUGCAGCAGCGCUCGCAAAAGUACGGCCACGCCUCGGACGCCAAAACGCCCAUGGGUCUGCCCCCCAUCAUCGUGGAGCGAUGCACGCUGACGCACGCCACGACCGUUGAGUUCCUGCACCAAUUCUGGGACGCGUUCCUAUCCGGCGACCCGGACCGCGCAGGCGAGCUGCAAUACCUCGCUGAGUCGCUCAAGCGCUCGACUAGCCGCAUCCAGGUCGUCGCCGACAACGCCGCCGCGGACCGCGACGAGACCAUUCGCAGAACUAAGCAGGAGAUCCGCGAUCACUUCGAGAAGACGGGCAAGAAGAUCCGGUGGAAGUCGGACAUGGUUGGCGGCGGCCGCGACGCCGUCAUCAAGAUGAUGCAGCCCACGCUCAACGCCCUCGCAAAGGCUCAGGCCGAUUACGCGCGAGCGCUCGCUGCAGAGGGCGUGCAGAUAUCGACUGAAGCAUAA